GAGAGCGGUUGCUGCCAGCAGCGCCGCUGGCACGCGGCGGAAUGACGACUCGUCCGCGUAACAUGCGAUUUCUCGCGGUCGUAUUUUCGCUCGCUAUAGCAUGGUUACCACAUGCCGACCAAGCCGCGGGAGCGGGAGGCGGAGGAAUGUUUGGCGACGUCAACAUCUCAGCUAUUUUGGACUCUCUGAGUGUCAGCUACGAUAAGAGAGUGAGGCCCAAUUAUGGCGGACCACCAGUGGACGUUGGAGUCACCAUGUACGUGCUGUCCAUCAGUUCUCUAUCUGAAGUGAAAAUGGAUUUCACAUUGGAUUUCUACUUCCGUCAGUUCUGGACUGAUCCGAGGCUUGCAUACAAAAAGCGCCCAGGUGUCGAAACAUUGUCAGUUGGAUCAGAAUUUAUUAGGAACAUAUGGGUGCCCGACACAUUCUUCGUAAACGAAAAACAAUCAUAUUUUCAUAUAGCCACAACAAGCAAUGAAUUUAUACGUAUUCACCAUUCUGGAUCUAUUACACGUAGUAUAAGAUUAACAAUAACGGCUUCCUGUCCAAUGGACCUACAAUACUUUCCUAUGGAUCGUCAACUGUGCAACAUUGAAAUCGAAAGCUUUGGCUACACCAUGCGGGACAUCCGUUAUAAGUGGAAUGAGGGGCCCAACUCCGUAGGCGUGUCCAGUGAGGUGUCCCUGCCGCAGUUCAAAGUUCUGGGCCAUCGACAACGAGCUAUGGAGAUUUCUCUUACGACAGGAAAUUACUCCCGAUUGGCUUGCGAAAUCCAAUUUGUGCGUUCGAUGGGAUACUAUCUGAUUCAAAUAUACAUUCCGUCUGGCUUAAUUGUGAUCAUAUCAUGGGUAUCGUUUUGGUUGAAUCGAAAUGCAACUCCCGCACGUGUCUCUCUCGGUGUGACAACUGUGCUGACCAUGACUACCCUUAUGUCUUCAACUAACGCUGCCCUUCCCAAGAUUUCGUACGUUAAAUCCAUUGACGUUUACUUGGGAACCUGCUUCGUAAUGGUCUUCGCUAGUCUAUUAGAGUACGCUACUGUUGGAUACAUGGCUAAGAGGAUACAAAUGAGGAAACAACGAUUUACGGCUGUCCAGAAAAUGGCUGCUGAGAAAAAGAUACAUAUAGAUGGACCUCCUGGCACGUCUGAACCACUUCCACCGCCUAGAACAAGCACGCUUUCAAGACCUGCUCCGCCAAGCCGCUCAUCGUCCUACAACCCUCACACACAGGAGGUACGCUUCAAAGUCCACGACCCGAAAGCAUAUUCAAAAGGUGUGACCCAUGAGAACACGAUUAAUGGUGCACGGGCCCCCCCGCCGCCAGCGCCGGCAGCUCCUCCCUCAGAAGAAGAAAUACCACCGCAUCUACUACAAGCUUCGAAGAGUAUCAACAAGCUGCUUGGCACGACUCCUUCGGACAUCGACAAGUAUUCGCGCAUAGUUUUUCCCGUUUGCUUUGUCUGCUUCAACCUAAUGUACUGGAUUAUAUACCUUCACGUUUCGGAUGUCGUAGCUGACGAUCUGGUACUUCUCGGGGAGGAACAUUGAAAAACACGGCUUGAUAAUGGUACUCGAAAAUUUUUUUGCCCAAACCAUGUAAUAUUUAACUCUUUGCAUAUUAUAGUAAUAAUACUACGUAGCACGUUAUUGAAAUACAAGUAUCACAAUGUAUAUGUUUAUGAUGUAAGUGGCACGAAUCAACAGAAUCCAAUAAAACAUUUCUAAAAAGUCAUUCUAUACAAAUUUCAUAGUCUUGUUAGUGUAUAGUAACAUAGUUUAUAUAAGGUGUAUUAAAUUAGACAUAAAUUUGUAACAAUAAUGAAGUAAAACUUACACCCUAAAUUACUUAUAUGUCUAUCAAAUGAAUUAAUGAUUGUUAUAAUGAUAAUUUAAAAAUUUGCGGUUAUUCUAAACAUUCCUUUGUUUUUGUGUAACAAAAAAUAUAGUCACGAUGUAAAGUUAGUGCCUCCUACGUGAUACCUGAUUUAGUAUCAAAUAUGCUCCCUGACGUAAACAAAAGUUGUGUAGAAAAUAACAAAAAAAAAAAGAAAAAAAACUCGAUAGUAAAGACUAUAACUCGGAGUUAAAUGACCACGGGUAAAUUAUAUAAGCUAAGUGUGUAAAUACCUAUAUAUAUAGAUCUUUAAAGAUAAUCACUACGAUUCUAGAUAUAUAUGUAAAAAUAAUUUAUAGAAAACUUAUUUCAAUUUUAAAUAUUAUACACUGAUGACACAAUAUUAAAAUUCUAAUGCACAGCACACUUGGAUUCAUGUGUUUAGAAUAAAUAUUAAUAUAAUCCGGUCUCUGAUGAGGGAAAAUAGCAAAAUUGUUUUACCAUUAUAUUUAUUUAUUAAAUUUGACAGCAUCAAACAUAGUACUAAAUC